AAUCAAUGAGAAUUUGUAAUGGCUGCCAGCGCGCGUCGUAUUGAUUUUUGCGUUACAUUACAUACAAAAUCUUAUACAUAGUACAAAUUACAACAGUGGGUACAUAUAUAUGCGCCUUAAUGCAUUUUCAAUGUUGUAUAAGCUAAAGAAUGUGUGUUUGAGAAAUGUGAUGUAUUUUAGUUAAAUUUUGUGUUAAGUUUACACAACAAUAUGCAUCGUCGCGGCGGGAAACGCAUCCGGAUGGAUGACCCUCCUCCGGAGUACGUGAAUCCGAUGACCCCGGCGACUCCCAUGACUGAUUAUGGCGGCCAGUCUGUGCACGAGCCCGAGACGCCAAGCUAUAGCGGGUUUAAUGCUGGCGCGCCGGUAAACUCGACAGCAACUGAGGCGCCACGAGAGGAGGCUGACGAGUCGCAUCACGAAGAAGAGGAGCCGAGAUCACCAUCGCCAACGCCCACAAAGCGUGUGACCCGUAGUCGCGGUAGGCGUGGAGAUGGUGGGUACGUGGGUCGGCUGGCCGAGUCGCCACCACCGCCGCCGCUGCGCCGGCGUGGCCGAGGGGGCCGCGGGCGUGGCCGGGGCAGAGGUGCCGCUCCGCCACCGGCGUACUCGCCACCUCCCGUGCUGCUGCCCGGUGACGACGAGAACAGUCUCUAUAACAUACUGAGGUUCAAUAAGACUGCUAUCAAUCAAGUAGUGGAUAUGUGGAUUGAGGAAUACAAGACAAACCGUGAGGUGGCAUUGGUUCAACUGAUGCAGUUCUUCAUCAACUCAUCAGGGUGCCGUGGGAAGGUCACACCAGACAUGGCACAGAUGGACCACACACUCAUCAUCAAAAAGAUGACACAGGAGUUUGAUGAGGAAAGUGGUGAAUACCCACUGAUAAUGUCCGGACAGACAUGGAAAAAGUUCCGCUCCAACUUCUGUGAGUUCAUCCAGACCCUGGUGAAGAUGUGCCAGUACUCCAUCAUCUAUGACCAAUACUUGAUGGACAAUAUCAUCUCACUGCUCACAGGGCUCUCUGACUCUCAAGUGAGAGCUUUCAGACACACUGCCACACUGGCUGUGAUGAAGCUGAUGACCGCGUUGGUGGACGUGGCGCUGCUGACAAGCGUGAACUGCGACAACUGUCUUCGCCAGUACGAGGCGGAGCGGCUCAAGGCGCGGGACAAGCGCGCCACCGAGCGCCUCGAGGUGCUUGUCGCCAAGCGGCAGGAGCUUGAGGAAAACAUGGAGGAGAUCAAGAACAUGCUCUCCUACAUGUUCAAGUCUGUGUUUGUGCACCGCUACAGGGACACGCUGCCUGAUAUCAGGGCCAUCACCAUGGCUGAGAUAGGCAUCUGGAUGGAGAAGUUUCCAGCACACUUCCUUGAUGAUCUGUAUCUCAAGUAUAUUGGCUGGACACUUCAUGACAAAGUGGGUGAGGUACGUCUGCGUUGUCUACAAGCUCUCCAGCCAUUGUAUGAGUGUGAGGAGCUGAAGGGCAAGCUAGAGUUGUUCACAUCCAAGUUUAAGGACCGCAUCGUGUCUAUGUCGUUGGACAAGGAGACGGAAGUCGCAGUACACGCCGUUAGGCUCGUCAUUGCCAUACUGAAGAUGCACCCAGACGUGCUGACGGACAAGGACUGCGAGAACGUGUACGAGCUGGUGUACUCGUCGUGGCGCGCGGUGGCGGCGGCGGCGGGCGAGUUCCUGAACGUGCGCCUGUUCCGCGCCGACGACGUGCCCGAGCAGCGCUCGCGCCGCGGCAAGCGCCGGCUGCCCAACACGCCGCUCAUCAGGGACCUCGUGCAGUUCUUCAUCGAGUCCGAGUUACAUGAGCAUGGCGCUUACCUGGUGGAUUCGUUGAUCGAGUCAAAUCCCAUGAUGAAAGACUGGGAGUGCAUGACGGAUCUGCUGUUGGAGGAGGCGGGCCCCGGCGAAGAGGCGCUCGAUAACAGACAGGAGUCGUCGCUGAUCGAGCUGAUGGUGUGCUGCGUGCGGCAGGCGAGCUCGGGCGAGCCGCCCGUGGGGCGCGGCGCCAGUCGCAAGCACCACCACAUGCUCUCCAAGGAGCAGGCCAAGGUGGUGAGCGAUGACCGCGCGAAGAUGACGGCGCACUUCAUAGUGACACUGCCGGCGCUGCUGGACAAGUUCGGCGCCGACCCCGAGAAGCUCACCAAUCUGGUCUCCAUUCCACAGUACUUUGACCUCGAGCUUUACACUACGCAGCGGCAGGAAGCUAAUCUGACGCUACUUCUAAACAAGAUCCGCGAUAUGGUGAAUGUGCAAACAGAGGCAGAGGUGCUGGAGACGUGUGGCCGCACGCUGGAGUUCCUCUGCUCGGAGGGGUGCUCGGUGUACAGCAAGUGCAAUGUGGCGCGCGCCACCAUUACCGACGCAUGCGUCAACCGAUACAAGGAGGCCAUCGACGAGUACCGCAGCCUCAUUGAAGGCGGGGAGACGCCCGACGCGGACGAGGUGUUCAACGUGAUUAACUCGCUGCGCAAGGUCUCCAUCAUGUACAUGUGCCACAAUCUCAACGACACCAACAUAUGGGACUCGCUCUUUGAGGACCUGCCCAAGUGUCUCAAACAGAAUGAGACGCAGAUGCCGACACAGGCGCUGGUGUACGUGGUGCGCGCGUGCUUCUACUCGCUGGUGUGGGAGCUGCACGCGCUGGAGGAGCGCGGCGGGGGCGGGGGCGCGGGCGGGGGCGCGGGCGGCGCGGGCGCGGUGGCGGCGGUGCGCGACCGGCUGCACGCGUACGCGACGCACUGCAAGCUCAUCGUGCGCGACGGACUCGCGCCCGAGCUCCGCGAGGAGGCGUACACGAGCCUGUGCGACCUGCUGAUCUUCUUCGCGGAGAACCUGUACGCGCUGCACCACGCCGGCGAGCCCGCCAUGAAGCAGCUCGUGCUGGAGCCCGACAACGAGCUGUGCGACCUGCUCAACGACUUCAUACAGGAGUUCGUCUUCGUGCACCACAACUACGACGGACAAGACGAGAGACGCAUCGAGGAGCUCCACAAGCGUCGCAACUUCCUCGCCGCGUACUGCAAGCUCAUCGUGUACAACGUGGCGCCCAUCCGCCGCGCUGCAGACGUCUUCAAACAUUACAUCAAGUGUUACAACGACUACGGCGACAUAAUCAAAGCGACGCUGAGUAAGGCGCGCGAGAUUAACAAAAUGAACUGCGCUCUAACCAUGGAGCUGGCCAUGCAGGCGCUGUUCACCGACAUGCUGCAGCGGCAUCCCAACCCGCAUCGCCAGCUGCCAGAGUUCCUCGAGCUCAAGGAGUUGGCGAAGCGCUUCUCGGUGAUGUUCGGGCUGGACGCGGUGAAGAACCGCGAGGCGCUGACGGCGCUGCACCGCGCCGGCAUCGCGUUCGCGGCGCUGGAGGGCGCUGGCGGCGCGCCGCCGCACCUGCUGUUCCUGGAGCCGCUGGGCGAGUUCUCGGGCAAGCUGCUGCGCCAGGACAAGCGCCACGUGCUGCGCUUCCUGGACGCGCGCAUCGUGCAGGUGGUGCAGUGGGCCGACGACUGGGCGCCGCUGGCCGCCUACCGCAACAGCCUGCUGACGGACGCGCCCGACGAGCGGCCGCCGCCCGCGCGCUACUGUGCGCGCCGCACGCGCCAGCACGACGACGACGACGACGACAACGCCGACUCCGACCAGGACCCGCCCGGGUGAACCACUACACACUUAUGUUAUACAAACACAUCUAUUUGCUACUAGGCCUACUUAGGAAUUUCAAAUAUUCAUUUUUUCAACAUUUUUAUUUCGAAGUCAGAUUCGAAUUUAGACUCCAUAUAGGUAUGUUGACUAUUCAAUUUAAUGAACUACGUACUUCAUAGUAACACCAUUAAAAUAAAAUGUACUGAUGAACUCCGAAAAAGUAAGCGUUCAUUCUUUGUUAAAUUUAUUUUCUUGAAACAAUUUUACAUGCAAAUUUGAUAAAACAUAUUGUGUAUGACGUCAAUGGUGUUGAUGCCGUCUCAGUCUAGUAAAUUAUAAAAUUGACAUUUCUUUGGAAUCUAUUAAGGAAUUAUGUACGUUAUUAUUUGUGCUAUAGUUUUACAAUACAAAUUAUUUAUAGUUUUAGUAUAUGUACGAAAAUAGUCAACAUACCUAUUGUUUGUAGUUAUAUUAUGACAUAUCUAUGUAUUGAAGAGCCUUAUGUGGUAAUUGAUUUUGUAAUAUCGUGUAACGUAUGGACGGGAUAUAACGUGUUAUUUGUAAUGUUGACGUAUUUUUAUAUUGAAGUAUGUAGUUGUAGUUAAUGUAGUUUUACUGCCGAUUUCAAUAAAUAAUCCUAGCCGAUAUCCUCAAGUCGAUGGCAAAAAUGAAAUAAAUGAUGAAUUGUUUGGUAAUUACAGGGUUUGUAUUGCCAUGUUGAGUUACAUUAACGUCGGAUGAGGUAAAACAAAACAAUGUUUAAUUUUAACACAUAUAAUUUUAUUAUUCAUUCGGUGUAUUUGUUGCAAAGGUCAAACAAAUUUCCUUUACGUUCUUUUAAAGUUUAUUGGAAAACUGUCGGCGACACUUUGCCGUUCUGAAGUUAGUCACGUCACUAGUUCUACGUCUGCUGUCACUGACGAUAGAGACGGAGCCGCUCGUGACUAACUUCACACCGGCAAAGUUAUAUAACAACCUUAGUACAUGAUGCCUGAAGUUAAUAACCAAUGAGGAAAAUUGCCGGAUUUCAACUUGUGUAAUAUUCAGAAAUUUGUACGAAUUGAAUUGUUAUGAGUGUAGUUUUCUGCGUAGAGGCGUGGUCGGUACUGUGUCGUCGAGUUGUUAAUUGUUGCGAUGUUAUUGUAGUUAGUUUAAGGUAUAUUUUUAUAAUAAAUAAUAUUUAUAAAACAUUUUA